AUGGCUAAUAUGACGAGCAACUUGAUUGCAGAUGUUCCCACUCCUAAUGUUAUAGUGGAUGAUCAUCCUCAAAACAAAUAUGUUGCAGGAGAAGUUCCCGAUACAACAUUUGCAUCAUAUGAUCCUCCUAAGAAGAAUGACAUUGUUGAAGAUGUUCUUGUUUCAACUCCCAUCUCAGAUGAUCCAAAUCCAAAUAAAAAUACUAUCACUUAUAAGAACCGAUAUCAAAUGGAAGGAGAAGAUAAUCAAGAAGGAAACAACAACAUUGCUCACAUCCAAGCAACUAAAUUAGAUGGUGAGCAAGGUGAUCAAGGCACUGAAAAGGUUACUGAAGACUCUGAGGAUGAAGAUGAUGAUAAGAUAUCUGUAACCUCCACUUUUGAUACAGGAUCCUCGGAUGAACACAUAGCUGGUCCUUUCGCUCUCCUAGAACACUGA